AUGGCCAUUCGCCGAAUGAAAGCGUUGGAGAAGAAGUUGCAAGGAAAUCCUGCAUUGAUGCAGCGAGUUAGCGAGCAGUUGUGCGACUUCGAGCGGAAGGGCUAUAUACGCAAAGUCAGCCAGUCAGAAGCGAUCUCCAUCGACUCUCGGAGGACUUGGUUUCUACCUCUAGGCGUCGUGAUCAAUCCGAAGAAGCCGGCGAAAAUUCGGUUGAUAUGGGAUGCUGCGGCAAAAGUUGGAGCGGUUUCCUUCAACUCAUACUUGCUAAAAGGUCCGGAUCUUCUCACACCCCUGCCAAAAGUUCUCAGUGGUUUCCGAUUGUUUCCUGUGGCAGUUUCAGGGGACAUCAGGGAGAUGUUUUUGCAAAUAAAACUGCAAGCUAGCGACAAGAACACCCAGAUGUUUGUAUAUCGCCACAAGCCUGAGGAGCCGGUUCAAAUCUACGCUAUUGAAGUCACUAUGUUUGGUUCCACGUGCUCUCCGUCUACUGCGCAAUUCGUCAAGAAUACAAACGCCCAGCAUUACGCACUCCAGUACCCUCGUGCGUCGGCAGCAAUCAUCGACCACCACUAUGUGGACGACUAUUUGGACAGCUUCAUGACAGUUGACGAAGCUGCACAGGUGGUAAACGAAGUCAAACUUGUCCACUCAGGAGGCGGGUUCGAAAUACGCAACUUUCUAUCGAAUGAAGGCGAAGUACUGAGGAGAACUGGGGAGAUCGAACCAGAUUCAUCCAAAGAUUUUGUUCUAAUGCGUGCAGAAACUACCGAAUCAGUUCUAGGGAUGAAGUGGAUCACAGCCGAAGACGUCUUCACGUACAGUUUUGCUAUGCGCGACGAUCUACUGCCUGUUCUCGAUAAGGAUCACAUUCCGACGAAACGCGAAGUCCUGAAAGUGGUCAUGAGCCUUUUUGAUCCCUUGGGAUUCCUGUCUUUCUUCCUAGUUCACGGCAAGGUAUUGAUGCAGGACAUUUGGGCAUCUGGAAUCGGUUGGGAUGAACGAAUCAGCGAUCAGCUCUACACCCAGCUCCAUGUUCUCGUCGACGCUAGUGAUUCCGCUUAUGCUUGCGUUGCAUAUUACCGCCUCGAAACGGAGAACGGAAUUCAUGUAACGCUGAUCUGCUCGAAGAACAAGGUGGCACCUCUCAAGGUACUAUCGGUCCCUCGCUUGGAGUUGAAAGCAGCGGUCUUGGGAGUUCGGAUGCUGGAAUCAGUGCACAGUUAUCACACUUACCCUAUUCGUCGAAGGUUCCUCUGGAGCGAUUCAAGUACCGUGCUGGCAUGGAUUCGGUCUGAACAUCGUCGAUACAAUAAAUUCGUCGCCGUUCGGAUUGGCGAGAUUCUUACCGCAACAGAUGUCCGCGAAUGGAGAUGGGUUCCCUCCGGGUUAAAUACGGCAGAUCUCGCCACUAAGUGGAAGAAUGGACCAGAUUUUUCGCCAGACACUCCUUGGUUCGACGGACCGUCGUUCCUCCACCAGCCAGAAGACUCCUGGCCACAACAAGUGCAAACAAUAACCACCAGCGAAGAACUGAAAACUAUUCACACCCAUUCUACGGCUGCAUCGUUAAUCGACCCCUCACGGUUCAGCCAAUGGCUACGUCUGCAACGAACGAUGGCGUUUGUACUCCGGUUCAUCAACAAUCUAAAAUGUAGACGAAGUGGUGUUACACCACAACUUGGCAUUCUCUGCCAAGACGAGCUGAAACGUGCUGAGGAAGAACUGUGGAGGGUAGCACAAGGUGAUGCCUUUCCGGAAGAAAUGUCCAUCCUCUCGGAAACCCAAGGUUCACCUGAUGCGCGUCACAGACGCGUAGCUAAAUCCAGCCCGAUUUACAAGAACUGGCCAUUUUUAGACGUACGUGGAGUACUACGUCUUCGUGGCCGAAUUGGUGCUGCCACAUUCGCACCAACCGAAGCUAAGUACCCUGUGAUUCUUCCCCGACAACACAUAAUCACCCUCCUAAUUACAGACUGGUACCAUCGUCGUUUCCGCCACGCCAAUCGCGAAACCGUCGUCAACGAGAUGAGACAACGCUUCGAGAUCUCCAAGCUACGCGCCUUGGUCGAAAAGGUCGCGAAAAACUGCAUGAUAUGUCGAGUGAAGAAAGCCGCCCCAAGUCCUCCCGCAAUGGCUCCACUUCCUGCUGCUCGUUUGCAACCAUUCGUUCGGCCAUUCAGCUUUGUUGGGGUGGACUAUUUCGGACCGGUAUUGGUCAAAGUGGGAAGGAGCCAUGUGAAGCGGUGGGUAGCUCUGUUCACCUGCCUUACGAUUCGUGCCAUACAUUUGGAGGUAGUACACAGCCUGUCUUCUGAAUCCUGCAUAAUGGCAGUACGACGCUUCGUAGCUCGUCGCGGGCACCCGGUCGAGUUCUACUCGGAUAACGGAACAUGCUUCCAAGGUGCGAGCAAGGAACUGCAGAAAGAAGAGAUAACGAAACGGAAUAACGCAUUGGCCACAACGUUUACAACCGCUCAAACUCGAUGGUGCUUUAUACCACCUGCCGCCCCACACAUGGGAGGCGCAUGGGAGCGCCUCGUUCGCUCUGUAAAGGAAGCUAUAGGAAACCUAGCAGAGGCCCCACGUACACCGGACGAUGAAGUUCUAGGGACGGUGCUGCUUGAAGCUGAGGCUCUUGUCAACUCACGCCCACUCACUUAUAUUCCUCUGGAGUCGGCGGAUGAAGAAGCCCUCACCCCCAACCAUUUUCUUCUGGGGACUUCCAGUGGCGACAAAUGUCCAGCCAAUGAACCUGUGAGUAGCCCGGCCGUAUUACGAAGCAGCUGGAGACUGUCUCAAGCAAUAGCCCAACGGUUCUGGGCAAGAUGGAUCAAAGAGUAUCUACCAGUAAUCACACGCAGAUCAAAGUGGUUUGAAGAGGUUCGGGACAUUCAACCGGGAGAUUUAGUAUUGGUUGUUGGUGGAACGGCGAAGGAUUCCUGGACGGGAUGGGAGAGUACGCCAAGCAACAGUCAGGACGGCAACUGGAGUGCUACGACGGCCAGCAGUGAAAUUGGCAGUACUCGACGUUCUAGAUAG